AUGCCUGAUGAAGGACUCAACGCUGCUCCCCAUGGGGGGCAUGACUAUGGCUCGCUCGUCGGCGGCCACAAGAACUUGAAGGAUCUCAGCGUUGAUCGAGACAUCGUCCUCCAGGACGUUCGCUUCAUGUCAAUGUUCAUGCCCUGGUCCGACACGACCUACGAUGGUAAUCUAGGCAUCAGAUUGGCCAAGAGCGGCCCCAUUCCCACUCCCUCGCUCUCUGCUCUGCAGCCACCGCAUGAACCAUUCAUUCACUCGCUCGCUCGCUCGCUCCAUUUCUUCUUCCCUCGCUCUGCUCAUUCCACGCGCACUGUCCAUCCAUCCAUCUCCGCCUCCACCGACCGGCCUGCAUUUGCUUGCGUCUCCGGCGGCGGCGGCGGCGGCGGGUUGCGGAAGGGAAGGGCGCGCAUGGAGGGGGACGACAAGUGGAAGCUGUCCAAGAAGGGGCGGAGCAGAUCGGGCAGGAACUACUACUACGGCGACGCGUCCGGGGCCAGCACCAGCAGGGGCCUCAGCCGGAGCUACUCGGCCAGCGUCACCGCCACCCGGCCCCGGGACGGCGCCAGCGGAAGCGGGAGCUCCUCGUCAGAGCAGCAGCAGAAGGAGGAGGCCGAGUCCCGGUGGCGGCUGUCCAAGAAGUGCGUGGAGGCGGUCAAGGAGCACCGCGCCCGCUUCUACAUCGUACGCCGCUGCGUCUCCAUGCUCGUCUGCUGGCGCGACGACUAGCUCCGGCGCCGCCACAUUUCUUUCCGUCGUUUGCUUCUUUCCGCUGCUGUAGUAGCUACGAGCUACGACGCUACGUACAUUUCUUUCCCGGCCUAGCCGAGAGCCCUCGAGGCCUCGAUCCAUCUCAGCCUACAUAAUCUUCUUAGCUUCUUCUUGCCCCCCGUGACCGUUUCCGUCUGUAUUUUAUUGAAAUAAGCAACAACAAAAAACAUAUAUUAUGCUAUGAAAUAAAAUGA